AUGGUUCGUGUUCAUUCAGACAAAAGUGAUUCAGAAAAAAGCGAUAUAAUUGAAUCUUCUGAAGAAUCUCUUAGAUUACUAGAGUUAAUGGUUCAAAUGUCCAUAGCAGAUAUUGAAGUUCCUGGACAGCAAGUUCGCAAUAAUGCUGGUGGAUAUGUUUUUAAAGUCAGUGAUCUUACAAGAGUUCGACGGUUUCUCAUUUUGGGUACGGAGGGCGGUACGUAUUAUGUGACUGAACAAAAGCUUACCAUGGACAAUAUGGAAGCUCUGAUCGAUAUAAUUAAACGUGGAAAGGGCGGAAUGAUUUUAAGAGAGAUUGUUAGCAUUUCAUUGGCAGGUCGUUCACCAAAACAGGAUCCAUUACUUUUUGCAUUGGCUCUCUGUGCACGUUAUAGCGUUCGUGAUAGAAAAAGUUUAUUACAAAAGUCAGGAGAAUAUGAUCUUGAAAAGGCCCUUCUUUCGAAUACAGAGGAUUUUAAUUCAGAUGAAAUGAAAAAAUUUGAUCUUUAUUUGUAUAAACUGCAACAGACUGCUUUUAGGAUGGUUGCUAAAGUUUGCCGUAUACCAACACACUUAUUCAUGUUUGUCAAAUAUUGUGAACUUAUAGCAAAAGCAACGGGUGAAGAGCACACUGGAUGGGGACGAGCAAUGCGCAAAUGUAUCGCUGAAUGGUAUUUACAAAAAUCUCCUAUGGAGCUUGCUUUGCAUAUUACAAAAUAUCCAAGUCGUGAGUCUUGGUCUCAUCGUGAUCUUCUUCGUUUGUCCCACCCAAUGGCGAGUUCGAAUAACAAAGAAUUGGCAAAUUCUCAAACUCUUGUUUAUGAUCAAAUAUUCCAUUAUGCAUGCAAAGGUGAUUUCAACCCACAAAAGGCUAUAAUUGUCGAGUCUGACGGAGCAAAUGAAACGCCUUUGUUAAAAAAGUCAAGAUGUGAUUAUGGACUUACCGAACAAAUGAUUAAAUAUGCAAAUGAUUCUGUUGCUUUAGAAUUUAUUCGAAAAGUAAUGGAAAUGUCAAAACUUAAAUCUGAUAAUGAAGAUGAUGAGAAACGUUGUGUUGAAUUAAUUAAAAAAUAUAAUUUUGUACGCGAACACGUUCCAACCACUUUGCUUAAUUCCCCUAAAGUUUGGACUGCAUUACUACAACAUAUGCCUAUGACUGCUCUUUUACGUAAUCUGUCAAAAUUGGCUACCUUAGGAUUAUUGGAUGACGAAUUAAACAAAGAAUGUGUUGAUCUAGUUAUCUCAAAAAUUCUUAAUCAAGAAGCCCUUCAGAAAGCAAGAAUUCACCCAAUUGCUGUUCUUCUAGCAUCCUCAGUUUACAAGUCAGGACAUGGAAUUAAAGGCAAACUAAAAUGGGAAGUAAAUGAUCGAAUUAAAGAAGCCUUAGAGCAAUGUUUUAUUCUUGCUUUCAAAAAUGUUCAGCCAACUGGACAACGUUUUUGUUUGGCUAUGGAUGUUUCUGGAAGUAUGCGUUGGACCAAUAUUACUGGUGGAAUACUUUCUUGUUGUGAGGCAUCUACUGCAAUGGCAAAUGUUACAUUAAGGACUGAGGAAAAUGUUAAAUGUGUUGCUUUCUGUGAUGAACUUCUCACGCUUCCAUUUACUCGCGAGAGCACGAUUACUGAAAUGAUGGAUUAUAAUGAGAAAUUAGAUUUUGGAGGUACUAAUUGUGCUCUUCCUAUGCUUUGGGCAAAAGAAGAACAUCUUUCAUUUGAUGUUUUCAUUGUUUAUACCGAUUCGGAAACAUGGGCAGGAGAUAUUCAUCCAUUUGAGGCACUUAAAGAUUAUAGACAACAAAUGAACAUUCCAAAUGCAAAACUUAUUGUAAUGGGUAUGGCUGCAAAUGAAUUCACAAUUGCUGAUCCAAAUGAUCCUGGUAUGCUUGAUAUUGUUGGUUUGGACGCUGCUGUGCCAGAUUUGAUACGCUCGUUUGUUUUGGAAGAAAUUUGAAGAAAAUGAAUUGAUUUGUAAAAAUAUUUUUAUAUUAAAUAUAAUUCUUAUUAUUAAAAAAAUUCCGUAUUUUAUUUAAAUCUUUCUUACUUAAACAUACCGACAAAUUUAGGCAUUAUUAUAAUAUAAUUUUUGCUGUUAUUUUUAUAUUACUUAUAUUAACUUGCCUUUAUAUCCGUAAUUAUGCUUUAU